GACGCUGGCUGUGUUUGUUUUCCGUGCCGCGCAGAGCCGACCUGAGCCGAGCCGAGCCGAGCCGAGCCAGACAUGGAGACACCCAGCAGCGACGGUAAAGCGGACGCGCUGCCCGCGGACGAGGCUCCGGAGGCGGACAGGUCCAUGUCGCGGUCCGACAGUGGGAGUGGGGACGAUUCCUUGGACGGCCUCUCCGCCCGUGUCCCCCGCUGCCCUUUGACGCCGUCCUUGUCGCCACGCAAACGGACCACGAGCCUGUCGAAGACGGAGCCUCCGCUGCUGAGGACCGACAAGCGGACCAUCUACACCGCAGGUCGACCCCCGUGGUACAACGUCACCGGGACCACGUUCAAAGAGGCUUUCGUUAUUGGUCUGUGCGGAGGAAGUGCUUCUGGUAAAACCACAGUGGCCAAUAAGAUCAUCGAGGCGCUGGACGUUCCCUGGGUGGUCCUGCUCUCCAUGGACUCCUUCUACAAGGUGUUGAAUAAAGAAGAUCAGGAGCUGGCGGCCAAGAGCGAGUACAACUUUGACCACCCUGACGCGUUCGACUUCGAGCUGCUGGUCACCGUCCUCAGAAAGCUGAAGAAGGGCAAAAGCAUCAAAGUGCCGGUGUACGACUUCAACUCUCACUGCAGGCGCAAACAAUGGAAAACAGUGUACGGGGCCAAUGUCGUGAUCUUUGAGGGAAUCCUGGCCUUCGCCAACAAGGAGCUUCUGAAGCUUCUGGACAUGAAGGUGUUUGUUGACACGGACUCCGACAUCCGUCUGAUACGGCGGCUGAAGAGGGACGUUUCACAGCGUGGACGGAACAUCAGCGGCAUCAUCAAGCAGUACAACAAGUUCGUGAAGCCGGCGUUCGAGCAGUACAUCGAACCCACGGUGCAGGUCGCCGACAUCGUGGUGCCCAGAGGAGGAGAGAAUUUCGUAGCGUUGGAUUUAAUUGUCCAACAUGUUCACAGUCAACUGGAGAAGAGGAAGCUCCGCUGGGAUAUAUCGGCUCUGGCCUCGGCUCAUCAGGGUCAGCCGUUACCCAAAACCCUCAGUGUCAUGGAGAGCACGCCGCAGGUCCGCGGCAUGCACACCAUCAUCAGGAACAAGGAAACAAACCGAGACGAGUUUAUCUUCUACUCCAAGAGAUUAAUGAGGCUUCUGAUCGAACACGCCCUCUCCUUCCUACCUCUCAAGCCAGUUUCUGUGGAGACGCCUCAGGGCGGCGUCUAUGAAGGCAAGAGGCUGAGCGGCCAACGAAUCACCGGUGUAUCGAUCCUUCGAGCAGGAGAGACCAUGGAGCAGGCUCUGAUGGCCGUGUGCAAAGACAUCCGACUGGGAAAGAUCCUCAUCCAGACCAACCAUGACACUGGAGAACCAGAGCUUCACUACCUCCGUCUGCCCAAAGACAUCAGUGAGGACUACGUCAUCCUGAUGGACAGCACCGUGUCCACCGGAGCUGCUGCUCUCAUGGCGGUCAGAGUUCUGCUGGACCAUGAUGUAGCGGAGGAUAAGAUCUUCCUGUUGUCGCUGCUAAUGGCGGAGAUGGGCGUGCACUCGGUGGCCUACGCGUUUCCUAAAGUCCGCAUCAUCACGACGGCUGUGGACAAAGAGGUCAACGACCAGUUCCACAUCAUACCCGGCAUCGGUAACUUUGGAGAUCGUUACUUCGGCACGGACGCUCCCUCCGACUGGUGUGAAAGUGACGAGGGGAUGGACAUCUGAGCAGAGGACCAAUCAGAGACGUGGAGCGUUGUUACAAAAGCACCCUUCCUCAUCCCCUCGCUGCUCCGAUCUGCUCGUCCUCGUCCUCCUGACCCGCGAGGUGACGCCGCACCAACUGAGCAGAGUUCAGUGUUCGGUCGGCGAGGAGCUCGGUCCCUUCACGCCAUCAGGUCUCAGUCCAUUCCCCAUUCCUGUUUACAGCAACGUGUAGAGACGUCAGAGUUCACAGCGUUGCCUCUCAUGUGGACAUUUUCUGGCUUUGACGUCUUUUCACACACUGACAUCACGACGGUCUGUGCUGCACAACCUACUGAGAAGAAACAGCUUGAUUAUAAUGUUGAAACUUGAGAAGCUGCCGACUGUGAAGCUUCAGAGUCGAUGUUGACACCUUUAGAAUGAACGUGAGUGUUUGGGUUCCUCUCAGGAUUUCACUCGUCUCUUUGCCUUCCUCAGCCAGACGUCGGCAGUAAAUCAGCGUUUGAGGAGAUUCAGCUGGAGAAAGUUAAAACUAGAGCGAUGCUCGGUUUCAACAUCGAUCAAUCUGCGCCACGUUAAUUCAGUAAUAAUACAAUUUUGCACAAAGACACGACACCGUCCUUAUCUUCUAAGACUAGUCUUUAGCAUAAACAUAGAAAUAUUAGUUAUUAUAAUAUUCUUAGCGUUUUUUUGAGCUGCUGUUGCUUUACUGUUCUGUAAAAAUUGUGUUUUCUCAGGCAACUUUUACUGAAAGGGACGACAAAGAUCCGUGAACUUGAAUAAGAACAAUGUCGAGAGGGAAACAGUCCGAUUUCCGUUAGCGUAAUACUAAGUUACCCAUUUAGCUUUUAGAAGCACCGAUUUUAAAAAAUGGUUUAUAACACGUUUUAAUGCAGCUAAGAGCAGAUGUAGGUGUGUUGUUAACUCCUCCAGGUGCAGUAACACUAGUAAAACACAGGUGUUGUUGUUUAAAGUAUCACUGACGUGAGAGCAAAUGAAUUAGACGUUGGAAUAAUACUUUUAUUAUAUUUAUAUUUCUCGUCUUUUUAAGGAGGAGAUGUAAAUCAGACUGAUUCAUACGCUUGCUGCUUGUGGCCAAUUUUUAUUUUAUUGUUUUUGAAUUAUUUAUUGUGUUGUACAUCUCGACAUUUGUUUUAAAUGAAAUCACUGCCAUGUUUUCCAAAUUGCAGAGCCAAGAUUUGACAGGUUUUGAGUGUUGAUGUGUUUUUAAAGACACCGACUGUUGUGCUGAUACAUUCACUGUCCAGCUCAUAGAAUGUAAAGAACUUCCUCCAACUCUCCAGACAUGAAGGCAAAAUAUAAACUGAACCCGAGCGCUGCCAUCUUGUGCGAUUACGUCUCAACACACAACUUCCUGCACAGAGGUUCCUGAUGUUUAUUCUUCCAAAGCUUUGCUCGUGUCUAUUCUGAUUCACAGAAUGGAGCAGAUCUAUUUAUACAAGGUCCCAGUUGAACCUGUUCUCUAAGUCAACUGUCGACAGUCGUCCAACUUCUCCCUCUGAGCUGAGGGAGCAAGGAACUCCAUAACUUGAAAGCAGAGUCAGCUGCUGUCACUUUUGUUUGUACUGUGUCACAACGUUGAACUUUUUUAAUCUGUGGAAGCUGAUUAUCUCGCAACAACUCGAGGUUUUUACUCAAACAUGUUUUUAAUUUAUUCAUUAUUGAGAAGCAAACGGCAGCGUGAGGACUGAUGAACCUUUUUCACAGCGGAACAUCGAGAGACAAAUACGUUUUCAUACAAAUUGUUCUUAUAAUCAAUCGUUAAAGUCAAAUGACGGGAAAGAGAAGUCGCUGUUUUAGCCUCAAAUGUUCAGAUUUCCUGCUUUUCUAUUGAAUAUUUUGAGUUUUGAAGUGUUGGUCGGACAAAACAAGACAUUUUUAGAAUUUAUUAUUAAUUGAUAGACUAAUUGAAGGACAUUAUAUGAAGAUUAUUUAAUAAUGAAACUAACAGUUGUUUGAUAAGUCGUCUCUUCUCUGUGAAAACCGUCUGUCACUUUGUUUGAUUUAGUUUUUGUAAAUGUCUUCUCACUUGUACAGAAUUAAACAACAUUACAUCAACACAA